UGGGCAAUGAUUUGGGAACUGGGAAGGUCAGCUGGAGGAUACAAAUGUCAUAAUAAAUCAAUGAAUGUGGCCGUUAUGAGUUAAGAGUGAUUAAGAGGGAACUGCAAUUUAAUUGAAUUCUGCAUGUACCAGUUAUUACUUGGAACUUUUAACUUUCCAUAGCACUUACUCCAUUGCUAUACAAAUACUUUCCCUAAUAGCAAUACUAGAUGUGCUUCAAGCUACACUUUAAAAGUUCAUAAAAGGCAGAUGGCGGUGGAGCGCGAGGCGCCGGCGCCGGGCGAGGCGGGCGAGGCGCCGGGCGAGGCGGGCGCCGUGCGCGUGCUGACGCUCGAGCACGGCGAGCACCUCGACUCCACGCUGUACAGGUUCGAGAAGGGCGUGCGCCUGCAGUUCGCGCCCGGCAGCAGCCUGCUCGGCCGCAAGCUGUUCCUGUACACCAACUACGUGGUCGCCGAUAGCGCGGACGAGAAGGGCGAGGCGGAGUUCGUGCGCAACCAGUACUACGGGCUGGAGUGGCGGCGCGGCGGCGACGGCGAGGCGGAGGACGAGCGCGCGGGCGAGGCGCUCGGCUGCGGGCUGCUGGUGGGCGACGCGGACGCGCACUGCGAGCUGCGGCUGGCGCGCGCGGGCGCCUUCCACUACUACUUCGUGUACGACAGCCCGGAGUCGCGCGUGGGCCCGCAGGGCUCGGGCUGGUUCCACGUGGCGCCGGCGCUGGGCGUGCCGCUGGACGGUGUGGCGUGCCAGACGGUGCUGGCCAAGGCGCUGGGCCCGCUGCCGCGCUGGGCGCGCGCGCUGCGCGUGGCGCGCGAGGCGGGCUACAACAUGCUGCACUUCACGCCGGUGCAGGCGCGCGGCGCGUCCGACUCGGCGUACAGCAUCGCGGACCAGCUGCGCGUGGACGCGCGCUUCGGCGCGCCCGGCGCCCCGGAGCCCGGCUACGCGGACGUGGAGCGCGUCGUGGCCGACAUGCAGCGCGACUGGAAGAUGCUGUCCAUCAGCGACGUGGUGCUCAACCACACCGCCAACGAGACGCCGUGGCUGGCCGAGCACCCCGAGGCCACGUACAACUGCCACAACUGCCCGCACCUGCGCGUCGCCGCGCUGCUCGACGCGCUGCUGGCGCGCCUCACGGCCGACGUGGCGCGCGGCGCGCUCGAGCCCGCCGUGCCGCGCCGCGUCACCGCGCACGAGCACGUGGAGGCCGUGCGCCUCGAGCUGCAGCGCCGCCUGCCCGACGCGCGCCUGCACGAGAUGUACGCGUGCGACGUGGACGCCGUCGUGCAGCGCUUCCUCGGCCUCGCGCGCGGCAAGCUGCCGGCCGCGGGCGACGCGGCCGCGGCGGGCGAGCUGCGCCUGCUGCGCGACCCGCAGCGCCGCCGCCUCGCCGCCGGCGUGGACCUGGAGCUGGCGCUGCGGCUGUACAACGUGCGGCGCGCCGACUGCGGCGACGAGGAGGCGCGCCUGGCGCGCGGCGCGGACGAGCUGCGGCGCCGCCUGCUGGCGCUCAACGCGGAGGCGGAGGCCGAGCUGCGCGCGCACCUCGCCGCCGCGGUCGACAACUGCGUCGCCGGCAUGCGGUACUUUCGGCUACAAUCGGACGGCCCGAAGAUCGAGGAAGUGAGCACCGAGCAUCCCCUGGUGCCGAGGUACUUCACGUUCCCCGGCGGCGCGGAGUCGGCGGCGGAGGCGGAGGCGCUGGUGUACGGCGCGGGCGGGCGCCUCGUGCAGGCGCACAACGGCUGGGUCAUGGACGCCGACCCGCUGCAGGACUUCGCCGCGGCGCCGCACGACGCGCGCGUGUACCUGCGCCGCGAGCUCAUCGCGUGGGGCGACAGCGUCAAGCUGCGCUACGGCGCCGAGCCGGCCGACAGCGCCUUCCUGUGGGCGCACAUGCGGCGCUACGUGGAGCUCACGGCCGCCGCCUUCCACGGCGUGCGCCUCGACAACUGCCACUCCACGCCGCUGCACGUGGCCGAGUACAUGCUGGACUGCGCGCGCCGCGUGCGCCCCGAGCUGUACGUCGUGGCCGAGCUGUUCACCAACUCCGACCGCGUCGACAACAUCUUCGUCAACCGCCUCGGCAUCACGUCGCUCAUCCGCGAGGCCAUGAGCGCGUGGGACUCGCGCGAGCUGGGCCGCCUCGUGCACCGCUUCGGCGGCCGCGCCGUGGGCUCGUUCCUGCGCGCGCCGCGCCGCGCCGCCGCGCCCGCCGUCGCGCACGCGCUGCUGCUGGACCUCACGCACGACAACCCCUCGCCGCUCGACAAGCGCAGCGUGUUCGACAUGCUGCCGUCGGCGGCGCUCGUGAGCAUGGCGUGCUGCGCCAGCGGCAGCACGCGCGGCUACGACGAGCUGGUGCCGCACCACAUCCACGUGGUGGACGAGUCGCGGCUGUACGCCGAGUGGGGCGAGGCGGGCGAGGCGGGCGACGGCCGCGUGGGCGCUGACGCGGCGCUGCUGGCGGCGCGCCGCGCGCUCAACGAGCUGCACCGCGAGCUCGCCGCCGACGGCUACAGCGAGGUGUACGUCGACCAGAUGGACGAGGACGUCGUCGCCGUCACCCGGCACGAGCCCCGCUCGAGGAAGUCGGUGAUCCUGGUGGCGUUCACGGCGUUCUCGGCGCCCGAGCCGGCGGCCGGCGCGCGCGCUCUGCCGCCGCUGCGCUUCGAGGGCACGCUCGACGAGAUCCUGCUGGAGGCCUCGCUGCGCCACCGCGACCACGAGAGCACGGGGCGCGCGUUCCAGCCGCCGGGCGCGUUCGCGCGGCACGCGCAGUACAUCAACGGGCUGAGCGAGUACCGCGCGACGGUGCGGCGCGGCGUGCCGCUGGCGCAGUCGGCCGUGUUCCGCGGCGCGCGGCGCGAGGGCGCGCUCACGGUGCUGGAGUUCGGCGCGCUGCUGCCGGGCACGGUGGUGGCGCUGCGCGUGUCGCCGGCGCCGGGCGCGGCGGCGGCGCUGGGCGCGCUGCGGCGCCGCGUGGCCGCGCUGCACGCGGGGUGCGACGCGCUGGCCCUGCGGCCGGCGCUGGCGGCGCUGGGCGCGGCGGACUACACGACGCUGCUGUACUGCUGCGACGCGGAGGAGCGCGAGCGCUGCGGCGGCGCGGGCGGCGUGUACGACGUGCCGGGGCACGGCGCGCUGGCGUACGCGGGGCUGCAGGGCGCGGCGGCGCUGCUGGAGGAGGUGGCGGCGGGCGACGCGCUGGGGCACGCGCUGUGCGACAACCUGCGCGCGGGCGACUGGCUGGCGCGCUACACGUGGCAGCGCCUGGAGGCCGACCCGCGCCUGGCGCCGCUCGCCGCGCGCUACCGCGACGCGCUCGAGCCGCUCGCCGAGCUGCCGCGCUUCCUCGUGCCCGCCUACUUCGAGGCGAUCAUGGGCGGGCUGUAUCGCGGCGUGCGGCGCGGCGCGCUGGCGUGCCUGGGCGGCGCGGCGCGCGGCGGGCCCGCAGCGCGCGCGCUGGCGCUCACCAGCGUGCAGCUGGCGGGCGUGGUGCCGUCGGCGCGCCUGCCGCCGCCCGCGCCGUCCGCCGCGCCCUCGCUGUCGGCCGGCCUGCCGCACUUCGCCGUGGGCUACAUGCGCUGCUGGGGCCGCGACACCUUCAUCGCGCUGCGCGGCCUGUUUCUGCUCACGGCGCGCUACGACGACGCGCGCCACCACAUCCUGGCGUACGGCGCGUGCCUGCGCCACGGCCUCAUCCCCAACCUGCUGGACGGCGGGCGCCGCGCGCGCUACAACUGCCGCGACGCCGUGUGGUGGUGGCUGCACAGCAUCCAGCAGUACUGCGCCGAGGCGCCGCAGGGGCACGCGCUGCUGGCCGCCACCGUGCCGCGCCUGUUCCCCAGCGACGACUGCGAGCCCGCGCCGCCCGGCGCCGCCGACCAGCCGCUGCACGACGUCAUGCAGGAGGCGCUCGACGUGCACUUCCAGGGGCUCGUGUUCCGCGAGCGCGACGCCGGCCGCCAGAUCGACGCGCACAUGUCCGACCGCGGCUUCAACGUGCAGAUCGGCGUCGACCCCGACACCGGCUUCCCGUUCGGCGGCAACGACGCCAACUGCGGCACGUGGAUGGACAAGAUGGGCUCGUCGGACGCGGCCGGCACGCGCGGCCGCCCCGCCACGCCGCGCGACGGCAGCGCCGUGGAGCUGGUGGCGCUGGCGCACAGCGCGGCGGCCUGGCUGGCGGCGCAGCACCGCGCCGCGCGCUACCCCUACCCCGGCGUGGCGCGCCGCCACCGCGACGGCGCGCUCACGGCCUGGACGUGGGCGCAGUGGGCGGAGCGCAUCCGCCGCAACUUCGAGCGCCACUUCUGGGUGCCGGCCGCGCCGUCGGCGGCCGACGCGCGCCCCGACCUCGUGCACCGGCGCGCCAUCUACAAGGACACGCACGGCGCGUCGCGGCCCUGGGCCGACUACCAGCUGCGUUGUAACUUCCCCGUGGCCAUGGCGGUGGCGCCCGAGCUGUUCGACGCGCGCCACGCCUGGGCCGCGCUGGACAACGUGGAGCGCCUGCUGCUGGGCCCGCUCGGCGUCAAGACGCUGGACCCGGCCGACUGGGCCUACCGCCCCGACUACGACAACGCCAACGACUCGGCCGACCCGGCCGUGGCUCACGGCUUCAACUACCACCAGGGGCCCGAGUGGGUGUGGCCGCUGGGCUUCUACCUGCGCGCGCGCCUCGCCUUCGCGGGCGCAGCGGGCUGCCCGGCGCGCACGGCGGCCGCGGUGCUGGGUGCGCUGGCGCCGCUGCUGCGCGAGCUGCGCGCGUCGCCAUGGCGCGGCCUGCCCGAGCUCACCAACGCCGGCGGCGCCUUCUGCCGCGACUCGUGCCGCACGCAGGCGUGGAGCUCCGCCUGCAUCCUCGAGGUGCUGCACGACCUGGAAGCGGCGGCGCGCGCGCGGCCCCUGCCCGCCGACUGACGCCGCCUGCGCGCGCGCCGCCUGCGCCACGCGCCGCGCGCAGCCUCGCCGCGCCGCCUCUACGCCGAGCCCUACGAGCCGCUGCC